UCCCCCGGCUGCAGGACAACGUGCUGGACAUCAUCAACCAGAUCAUGGACGUGUGCAUCCCCCAGGACCGCGCGCCCCGCGACUUCUGCGUCAAGUUCCCCGAGGAGAUCCGGCACGACAACCUGGCCGGCCAGCUGUGGUUCGGCGCGGAGGUGGGCGGGGGCGCUGCCAGCCCCGCCCGCAGGGCCCUGGACUGCGGGUACCUCACCCAGGACAUGAUUGACGACUACGAGCCGGCCCUCAUGUUCACCAUCCCCCGCCUGGCCAUCGUGUGGUGA